AUGACGUCUUCCCGGGCACCAUCACGUAGUUUUACAAGGACACAAAGCGCAGGGCAGCUAGAAAUGGGAGAAUCUCAGCAGGGUUCGCCUAAUUUUGGACCUGCGGUUGUGAGUUGUAUCAAUGGUCAUGAUUUGCGGCUUAUCCAUUUCUGUUCGGUGCCUGUUUUCGAAAAUUUGGUUUUUAAGGAAUACUCCCUACCUGGGGUGGAGCAUCCUCAGCGAGAAUCCUUAGCAUUUCGAAGCAUCUCGGCCGAAACUCUGGCUUCGGAGAUUCGGCGGCUUGGUCCGGAGGAGUUCGAACGUCGUUAUUUGCUCAUCGAUUGCAGGUACCCAUAUGAAUAUGAGGGUGGGCAUGUGAAGUGUGCCAUUAACCUCCAUGAUCAAAACGAGCUGGAGAACCUGUUCUUUCCCGAUGAUCCCAAUCACCCAAUCCGCUCACGAAUUCCAAUAUUCUACUGCGAAUUCAGUCAGAAGCGCGGCCCUGGAAUGGCACUUGCACUGCGCAGCAUCGAUCGGAUGCGUAACGAACUNAACUAUCCGAAGGUAGAUUACGCUGAGAUGUACUUGCUCGAUCAUGGUUAUCGAAAAUUCUGGAAUGAUGAAUUCGAUAUUUGUGAUAUACAUCGAGCGGAAUAUCACUCGUACAAGUAUGGAGUGGACGAGUUGUUGCGCUUCAGUAGUUCAGCUUUUCUGAUUAGUUCUGCAGCAGCUCUGAAGCAUUGGCUUCUUAAUGUCACAACUCGUGCUAGAGCAUCUCUGAAAACAUUUUCCUCUUUGAACUCCUCCAUAACUACACGACUUCUGAUAAAGCGGAUUGACGUCAAGUUUUGA